UGAAGAUGAAGAUCGAGAUCUACGCCUUCCUCCUCCAUCUCCCGAAAAAGAAUAAUAAUAGUAAAUAAUACAUUUUAUUUUUUAAAAGAAAACAUCCACCACCCCCAGAAACAGAAAGCGGAAAGCGAGGCCUGGUACCUGAUACCUGAUACCUACGCUUCGCUUUGCUUUUGAAGACACUGUACGCACUACCCUACCAUUCAUUUUCCUUUACCUCUCCUUCUGUUAUGGAAAAACACCAUCAUCUUCAACAUCAGGAUAUCAAGGACGAACCCAAGGACCUCGAUUUGGAUCUCGGAUCCGACGAGCCUGACCUUACCCCUCUCCCCCUCACCGUUACUUCCCGGGUACUGCACAUGUUGGGAGACAUCGCAGCAGGUCCAGCUUAUAGGUUUUCCCAAUGGCUUGAACUCGUCCGUAAACGUAGCGGCAAACAUCGCGCUUCUGGCUUCCACAACCGCCCUCAUCCACCCUUCGAUAUGCCUUUCGGUGCUGAGCAACUUUUCAAUGAAUCAAUAAGUCUUCCAGCUCCCGAGCACUCAACUGAAACGAAUUUGUGGGAUAGACUCGCUAAAGCCUCGAUGUUGGAUAUUGAGUCGAGCUCUUUUUCGUGGGAUAGGCUACUGUCUCUUCACCGCACCGAACACAGUAGUAGCACUGAACAAUCGGAGGAUGAGAUGAAUAAAGCCCUUGAGGUCACUGUAAACUCUGGUGGAGUCGUUUUCUUUGCACUCUUCAAUCAGCUUGUAUAUGACGACAAUCUUCCAAAGGAAGCAGCUGCUGUGAUAAAGAUAUCUUCUUCAAGAAUGGCCACACAAUCUGAACGCCUUGGCUAUGAAUUUGCCAAGUGGCUUGGGGUUCAAACUCCACAGGCUAGAGUUAUUCAUAAUUCCAGCACGGAAUGGCUCCAGAUAAAAGAAGCUGCAGAGAAAGCACGAGAUAUUGCCUGUUUGGAAGGUGAUGAGGUUGGUGAAAUGACAUGUUCUGAACUAUUGGAAGCACUUGAAUUUAGCAGAUGCCUUUUCCUGAUGAGCUAUGUGCAUGGAUCUCCAUUGUUAGAAAUCUCAAGUGCAUUUGAAUCCCGAGAAAGGGCUGAAAAAUUAGCCGCCGCUAUUGGAAGGAUCUUGCUAUUGGACCUUGUCAUCAGAAAUGAAGAUCGGCUCCCUUGUCGUCUUCUUCGUUGGCGUGGAAAUUCUGCAAAUUUGCUUUUGGCUGAUAGAAUGGCGUGUCCCAAUUUGAAUGCAUUUGAGGAAGCCUUUGAUUCUGCCAUUAAACGGUACAGACCAAAAGUCAUUUCAACGCUUCAAAAAGAAAGAAGGGGAACUUCAAUGGACAAUCGACCAAGUUCUAGUUCAGGGUUGGUUUCAGAGACCUCUGAACUUUCUGAUAAUGUUGAAUCCCCAAAAUCUAGUAACCUAAGUGUUAAAAGUCAAAUAUCAGAUGAAGUAAUGCUUUGUGAUUUUAACAUUGUGGCUAUUGACUCUGGUGUUCCUCGUCGUCCUCCUGCUGGAAAACGUGCUAAUGACCAGUCAAUUUACCCAAAAUUAGUUGAGUUGUUACUCAACAGUUCCGAGUUCUCCUCUAAUCUAUUGCAUGACAUUACGGGAGGGAAAUUAGGGUUCCCUUCAUUAGCUGAUGCCAACUUAACUUCUGGCAUACAGCUUACAGAUAUGAGUUCUAUUGUCCAUGAAUUUCGGUAUGGGUUUCGUGCUGCUCUUAGGGACUUGCAAGGAUUUCACAUAUUUUUGCUUACCCUUCACCAAAAGUUAGACAACUCAUUACGAGCAUUCAUGAAUAUCAUAAAUAAAUUUCCCUUGGGGGAAUCCGAUAAAGAGGACUCGGGGGUUCCUGAGUCCCAUUUGCAGGCUUCUACCACUAUUCAUUGUUUAUCUCCACGGGGUAAGGAACGAGUCUCCAGUGACGGUAAUAUAGAUGUUACAGAGUCAGCUCCAAGAUCAUCAUCGUCAGGAAAUAGAGAAAGCUCAGACUUAUCUUCUCCCUUGUCACGAGAUAGCUCACAAGGAAAGUUACACAGGGGAGGUGCAGAGCCCAUUCAUAGCCUUCGUUUGACUGCAAAGCUUCGAGACUUCCAUAAAUUUGCCAAGGUUGAUGCUGAAUCAAAUAAAGAAUUGGAUAUGUGGAAUGAAGUGUUGAAGAAUGAAGCUGUUAAACUCUGCCAGGAGAAUAAAUUUAAUACUGGGUUUUUUGAGGGCAGCGAUAGUCAUGGAGUUGUGGAUGCUUAUGAAUUGAAGGUGAGACUUGAGCACAUUCUUGAAAGGAUUGCACUGAUAUCUGAGGCUGCAAAUACAGAAAGGCCUUCUUCAGUUACACCUGCCUUGUUUAUAGGUGGUGCCUUGGCUGCAAGAUCUGUUUACACUCUUCAGCAUCUAGGAGUUACUCAUAUUUUAUGUCUCUGCUCCAAUGAAAUUGGGCAGUCAGAUUCUCAGUUUCCUGAUCUAUUUGAAUACAAGAACUUUUCAAUAAGUGACAAUGAAGACUCAAACAUCAGCAGUAUCUUUGAGGAAGCUUCUGAUUUUGUUGAUGACGUUGAAAGAAAGGGUGGGAAGGUCCUGGUUCACUGUUUUGAAGGGAAAAGCAGAAGUGCCACAUUAGUUCUUGCUUACUUGAUGCUCAGAAAGAAAUACACACUGCUAAAAGCAUGGAAUGCUUUGAAACGAGUUCACCGUCGAGCUCAGCCUAAUGAUGGGUUUGCUAAAACUUUGUUAGAAUUAGAUCGAAGAAUACAUGGAAAAGUUUCCAUGGAGUGGCAGUCACGAAAACCAACUAUGAAAGUCUGCCCAAUUUGUGGGAAAAAUGCUGGACUGAGCAGUAGCUCACUGAAACUUCAUCUGCAAAAAUCACACAAGAAGCUAUCAUCUGGGAGCGUAGACAGUGCAAUGACCAUGGAAAUACAGAAAGCACUAACAGCUCUGAAAAUCAGUCGUGGCGGAAGCGUGAGCCCAACCCAGAGGCAAUCUCUUCUGAUCUUAGAUGAAUAGGCAUAUGGAGUUAUUAAUGUAAGUGCAAAAAGCGUCGGCCCAACACAGGAGUCUCUUUUAGAUUCAUUCCCUGCCAGCCAGGUAAAUGAGCGUAGGGAUGACGGGAAUUGCAUGCGAGCUACUAAUGCAAGACUGAUCUCAUUGAUCACUUGUUUUAGCUUGUAACAUCGCAUUAGCACGUCUUACAAUGUUUGGCCAAUUCUUUUCUCUUGGUAAACCUGUUGAAAGUAGGAACUGUAACUGAGGAAUUCUUUUAGUUUGUUUUGGUUCCUUCUCUUGGUUUGUUUUGGUUCAUGUACUUUCACAAGAUUCUUUGGGCAAUCGUUAAAAUUCCAUAAAUAAUUUCUAAUUUAUAUAA